AUGAACCGACUAAAGGGGUCCCAAAGCAGGCUUAAGCAGCCAUAUGACAAGGAAAGCCUUAAGAGAGCCUAUGCAGGUUGUGUUUCAAAUGGCAUGUCUGUUUAUCGGGCAUCUAGAGUGUACCAUGUCCCGGAGUCUACUUUGAGAGACAGGACUAGACACAAUGUCACCCUUGAGGCACGUCCUGGACCAGAGACUCUAUUGUCUUCUCUUGAGGAGGACAAGUUAGCACAGCAUAUAAAGUAUAUGGCCAGUAUCGGAUAUGGCUACACCAUGACCAACGUAAGAUUUAUGGCUGCUGACUAUGCCAGGUCAAUGGGGAAGAAAGUUGUUGCAAAGGAUGGUUUAAGUACUGUGUGGUACUAUAGUUUCAUGAAAAGAAACCCAGACUUGAAAGCUGUCAAGCCUCAAAAGCUUGAUUUGGCCAGAGCUAAAGGUGCCUCUGAAGAAAAAAUAAACAACUAUUUCAAAAAACUGAAGAAUAUUCUAGAUGACAAUGACUUAAUCAAUUCACCUGAAAGAAUCUAUAAUAUAGAUGAAACAGGAGUAAGCACCCAGCACUCACCACCUAAAAUAGUUUGUGGGAAAAAUGAUAAACCUCAGGCAAUUACCUCACCAAGAUCUUCCAAUGUAACAAUAAUAGGAGGAGCAAAUGCCCUUGGAAAUCAUGUGCCUCCUUUUUAUAUAUUCCCUGGGAAAAGGUUUAAUUCUCAGUUCAUGGAAGGUGCUCAACCUGGUGCAGAUGGUACAAUGUCGGAUAGUGGUUGGGUGAAUGGUGAAAUUUUUGAAGAUUAUGUCACGAGACAUCUUGCGAAGCACUGCAACCUUGAUUCUGUCUCUUCAGAUAGACCAGCCACAUUGAUCCUGUAUGAUGGGCACAAAAGUCAUUUAUCGUUGACUUUGAAUGAGUGGGCUAGACAGAGGAAUGUGGUCCUCUUUGUACUUCCCCCACAUACCAGUCAUCUCACGCAACCACUGGAUGUUGGUGUUUAUGGCCCAUUCAAAGCCUUCUACUAUACUGAGUGUCAACAGUAUUUGCAGCAUAACCCGGGUGUAUACAUCACCAAAUAUGAAAUUGCUUCACUAACUUCUAAGCCGUACUUGAAAGCUUUCUCUCCAUCAAACAUCACAUCAGCUUUCAAAAAAUCAGGAAUAUAUCCAUUUGAUGGGUCUCAAAUUUCCAAGAGUGACACUGCACCUUCAUCAAUUUAUUCCAGUGAAAAUCAUGAUCAGUGCCAGGGACUGGAUACACAAGUUGAAUCAACCGAAAAGGCACCACAGCAACCAGAAGAGCCCUCUGACUCGCAAGAAACCAUUUUGUAUGAUGAAUCUGUCACUUUCUUUGCAAAGAGACAAAUUAACACUGUCAAACAAAGACCUAAGAAAAAAUUCAUUCCACCAUACAUAAUGGGAAAUCUGUUAUAA